AUGACUACCCAACCCCCAAGCACCCAACGGCCACAAAUCCAGCCCUGUAGAUAUAAAACUGGUAAAACUCUUGGAGCUGGAUCGUAUUCUGUGGUGAAAGAAUGCGUACAUAUUGACACUGGACGGUAUUAUGCUGCGAAGGUUAUUAACAAGCGAUUGAUGGCGGGGAGAGAGCAUAUGGUUCGUAAUGAAAUUGCCGUGCUCAAAAGAGUGUCGAUGGGACAUCAGAAUAUUCUGACGCUGGUGGAUUACUUUGAAACCAUGAACAACUUAUAUCUCGUCACCGAUCUUGCGCUUGGGGGAGAGCUCUUUGACAGGAUUUGCCGUAAGGGCAGUUACUACGAGUCCGAUGCGGCUGACCUGAUCCGCGCAACCCUCUCCGCUGUCGCGUAUCUUCAUGAUCACGGAAUUGUACAUCGAGAUCUAAAACCGGAGAAUCUCCUGUUUCGCACGCCAGAAGACAAUGCGGAUCUAUUGAUUGCAGACUUUGGCCUAUCGAGGAUCAUGGAUGAGGAGCAAUUUCAUGUUCUGACCACCACGUGUGGCACCCCUGGGUAUAUGGCCCCAGAAAUCUUCAAAAAGACCGGCCAUGGAAAACCUGUCGAUAUCUGGGCCAUCGGAGUAAUAACAUAUUUCCUCCUUUGCGGCUACACUCCAUUCGACCGCGAGUCAAAUCUCGAAGAAAUGCAAGCCAUCCUCGUUGCAGAUUACUCAUUUACUCCUCUCGAGUACUGGCGCGGUGUCUCCGUUACCGCCCGCGAGUUCAUCAAGCGCUGCCUCACAAUAGAUCCCGGGGCAAGAAUGACCGCCCACGAAGCGCUUCAGCACCCCUGGAUUAAUCCACCCACUGACCCCAUGGACCCGUUGUCACCUAUGCGCAUGGGUUCCGGCGAGGACCUGUUGCCUGUCGUCAAGAAGAACUUCAACGCAAGGCGCACCCUUCACAAAGCCAUCGAUACCGUACGGGCAAUUAACAAGCUACGAGAAGGCGGUGGACUAAUGAUGGAGGGCGCUAUGAGUGUAGACCCCAAGCCGGAGCAUGUCAACGGGAGCAAUGUUGUCGAUGAUAGCGGACGACAGCAGCCGGAUGGAGCGACGAGCGGGCAUCCUGGUGAUGAAGAUUAUAUGGAAAUCGACUCUAGAGGCAACGCCAGGGGUCAAACUGAGGAGCAAAUCCGGGAACAGGAACGCAAAGUAAAGGAGACUGUUACCGGAUUGUGGAAGUCGAGUUCGAAUCGACGGUAA